AUGGCCAUGAAAAAUUAUGUGUUAUACCGUAAUCUACAAAUUAGAAAAAGACGACUAGCAUUUCAACAAAUCGAAAAACGUCUAGAAACGUUGGACGAGAGUCACUCAUCAAACAGCAGAAAGCUACUUGCCUUAGACGUUCUUCUGAAGCAGCCGUGCUAUUUUAUUUUCAAAUUCAAGCUACUCUUUAAGAGGUUGCAGAAUGUAAUUGAGAAAACUAGUGACCCAGAAGCUAACGUAGUGAGGCUUGUCCACGACCUAGUUCGGAAUAUGAACACCAUUAGCGACGGAUGUGAGGACCAGGCCCUGGAAUUGGAAGAGAAAGAGGAAAUGCACGUCUCCAAGAUCCUCUUAAGAAUAGAGUUUGAAUCUGACAAAGACAUUUCAAACGAGGAGAAUGACAUUAGCAAUGAAAGCUGGGUUGAAACAUGGGAUGACGUCAUCGUGUUUACCUCCAAGAAAGCAGACAGUAAAGACUGGAAGAAAGUUGGAUUGGAUGUGAAGCUCGUCACAUUUGAACGACUGGUUAUGUUUAUUGACGUUAAUCGACAACAAACAGACGAACAGAAUUAUGUCUACAAGCUUAUUGAUUGUGCCAACAAGAACUUCGUUGAAGUUGAGAAGCCUUCAUCUGGUACUUAUCCCUUUAAAGUUCCAAUGAAAAAAGGAAUGCCGCUGAAUGUGUUCUUAGCUGUAAUGUAUAAAGGUCCAUCAGGUAAAACGAAGAGGAUGUAUUACGUCUGCUGGGAAAACUCACGAUUACGGAGUUUCGAAUUCUGGCGGAAGAACAUGACUGUACCAACAGGUGACGACGGAAAUGGUUAUGCAUCAUGGAGUCGACCGAAGUAUAAGAUUGUUAAAGAGUUCAUUGCGAAGGAGAGAGGCGAACUAAGAGUAAAUAUUGAAGACGAAGUAGAAAUCAUCGGAGAGAAAGCCGAUUGGGUAAGGGCUGAGAACCUUAGUGACAACAGACAAGGGUGGAUUCCCAAGAACUGCUUAGGAAACGCGAUAUCGACUAUAUUCUUGCAAGGUGACAACAUCAGACGAAGGCGACGAGUUCAAACUGACGGACACUCACAACAUUCUUUUAUAGUGAAAAAAGACCUAAAACAACCGCCAAGGAAGUAGAAAAAAGAAGCUGCGCAAUUUCAUCGACAUUUUCAUUGCCGCAAAUAUGUUCAUAUUUAGUCCAAAUAAUUACCAGUUACCCAUUCAAAGCAUGAAUACAUCAUAUGUAUUAGGCCUAUAUUAUAUUAUAAUCAUUACACAUACAUUAUAAUGAAUAUCUUGAGAACACAAGUUGUGUUUAUAACGGGGUUUAUAAUGAUAACGAUAAUUGAUAUAACAGUAAAACAAUAAACAGUAAUUAUAUACAUAAAAUAGAUAUUUUGAAGUUUAAGUUGUAGUGUUUAUAAUAAUAAUUGGUAUAACAGUAAAACAAUAAACAGUAAUUAUAUACAUAAAACAGAUAUUUUUUAAGCUUUAGUUGUAGUGUUUAUAAUUGGAUUGGAUUGGAUUUAUUCGGUGUAAACACCAAGGAUAGCCCACGAAAGGAAAGUCUAGAAGAAGACUUAUUUCCAGUGGGAUCC